UUCCUUUUAUGCAUAACAGACUCCAUUUACUUUCUUCUUCCCGUUUAUUUAUUAGCCAUUUUCCCAACUCUUCUUUUUGUCUCUGUUUCUUUCUGUAUCUCAGUUUCAAUAUUCUUUCAAGUCCCUUCUCUUUUCUGUCCUUCUACAUACUUACAAUAUUAUUAUUUAAAAAAAAAAUAUUUUUCUUUGGUUAAGAUAUGGCAGCAGAAGUCAGCACUCUGGUUAGGAUAAUGAACAAAGGUGAUAAUCAUGACAUGAAUGAAUCAUCAUCUUCAUCUUCAUCCUCAAGGGGUGGUGGAAAAUCAACGGCCCUGAUCACUCGGGACUUGCUCGGUGGAUGUUCAAUCCUUGAUUCUAAAGAGUUGGACCUUGACUUGCAGGUUCCUUCUGGCUGGGAAAAGCACCUCGACUUGAAGUCAGGAAAAGUGUAUCUACAACGGAGAAAUUCUUCGAAUUAUUUCUCAUCAAUGAAUAAGCAACCAAAAUAUCAAACAGUUGGAAAUUUUCAAGAUCUCAAUUCCCCUCCAGCUUCAAACUUACCACUCAGUCUUUUUGAGGACACUAAGUUAGAUCUAAAACUGAUAUCGUCAUCAUCAUCGCCAUCAUCAUCAUCAUCGGGUUAUAAUAAUAGCGUGUGCACCCUUGAAAAAGUAAAAUUUGCUUUAGAAAGGGCAGAGAAGGAAUCAUUAAAGAGGAAGCGCUCCGUAUCAGAAUCAGUUGUACUCAUGUCCAUCACAUCAUCUCCUACUUCAAAUUCCUCAAUAUCAUCAAUCAAGGAUACAGAUAAUAUUACUGAGCAUGACAUGACUUCGUUCGCGAAUUCAUCAUUUGCUGCUGGUUGUCCAAGUUGUCUCCUUUACGUGCUGAUAUCAAAGACCAAUCCAAGAUGUCCGCGAUGCGAUACAAUUGUUCCAAUAUCAUCUGUAAUUAGCAUGAAAAAACCUCGUAUUGACCUUAACAUAUCCAUGUAAACGUGAAAUCAUGGGAAGAACAACCACUGAGUUAUAACGACGAUUUUGUAAAGAUAUAUAGAGAGAUACAUAGUCUUGUAAGUUACAGAUCAUGAUAUAUUUAUAUAUAAAAUACAGCAAAGAGAUUGAAGUUCCUUCUUUGAUAAA